AUGGUGGCGGGAGGCCCGUGGCUGCAGCGUGUGAUCCAGUACGUCGCAAACGAGCUGAUCGUCGAUCGAUUAGCGAACAGCCCUACCUUUCAACGGUUUGCUGUCCGAUCCAACAAGAAGCUGCAGGAGCUAGCACAGAAGGGUGUGGCGCAGCGGCAGUCGUUGAUGGAGCAGGUCAAAGAAUUCAGUGAACAGCUCAAGCAAGGAGCAGCAGGCUCAGGCGGCAGAAGUUGA